CACCAAACUACCACAACCGGGCAAGCGAGAAAAAAAAAAAUAGAGCAAAAACAAGUUUUCCAUAAUAUGGAAACCGAAGCUUCAUGCGGCCAAAACAAUUUCGAAAUGAGCGAGCCGCUGGCAGCAUUUAUUGCGUCGACGCCAUUGUUGGAGGAGGCAUGGAGGGUGUGCAGUAUAGCGAACACCAGCUUCCCGGGGUCUUACCUGGUCCAACAGAUUGGAAGCGUGGCUUAUGUCGCUUUUUCCGGAACACAAAUGAGUGCUGGAUCGGAUCAGAACUGCAGAAAUCUGGUGGCUUUGGAUGCCGAAGACGGUGGCCUCUUUGCUCCGCUUUAUCGACAUAGCGAAGCGGAGGAGCCCAUCAAGGUGCAUCAUGGCAUGUUAAAGCUUUUCUUCUCGAUGAUUCCGAGUCUUCAAAUCCAGAUAGCAGCGUUAAUGGGGAAAGUGAAGUCAAUUGUGAUAACAGGCCACUGCAUAGGAGGAACAACUGCCUCUCUUUCGGCUCUAUGGCUCCUCUGUCAUCUGCUCUCCAUGUCCAUAUCUCCUCCGAUGUCGGUCCUAUGCAUCACAUUCGGCUCUCCACUGCUAGGAAACGAAGCGUUUCAUCGAUCGAUUCUCCGCCAACGAUGGGGCGGAAACUUUUGCCAUGUUGUUUCCAAGCAUGAUCUCAUGCCAAGACUGCUUUUUGCAGAGAUUGUAAACCACAUUCCUCGUAUACAAUCCCUGCUGCAGUUCUGGCACUGCUGCAUGGCUUCUCCACACCUUUUUGUUGAGGGCCUUUCUUCUCAGCUAUCCAGUGAUGUAAAGGAUACACUUUUUCGCUGUGUUUCAAAGGACUUGGAAUUGAUAGCACAAGCUGAAGACCCAUCGGAGAGCUUGUUUUGGCCGUUCGGGAGCUACAUUUUCUGCUGCCAAGAGGGCUCCAUUUGUGUAGAGAAUGUUGCAUCGGUUAUUAAGAUGAUGUAUUUGAUGCUGGCGACUGGCUCACCUAGCCAUAGCGUCGAGGAUCAUCUCAGGUAUGGAGAUUACGUCGCUAAAGUUUCUAAACAGCUUUUAAAGGCUAGAAACUUCAAUGAAGAAGGGAUGAUACCUGAUUCUAGCUAUGAAGCCGGAAUAGUUUUGGCCUUGCAGUCCUCGGACCUAACUGCCAAGGAACCAGUUGCAGUAAAGGCCAAGGAAUGCCUACAAAUGGCUCAUCACAGUGAUAAGCCAAACCUGACUGCUGCCUAUCUAGCGGUAAAAUUGUCAAAGAUAGUACCAUUUCGAGCUGAAAUCGAGUGGUACAAAGCCUGUUGUGACGAGGCUGAUGAUCAAAUGGGCUAUUAUGAUUCCUUCAAGCUUAGGGGGGCCUCAAGAAGAGAGGCUAGAGUCAACAUGAACCGCCAUAGGCUUGCUCAGUUUUGGGAUAGCGUAAUCCACAUGCUGGAUAACAACAAACUCCCUCAUGAUUUCGAUAGGAGGGCAAAGUGGGUAUACGCUUCUCAAUCCUACAAGCUUCUUGUUGAACCAUUGGACAUCGCGGAUUAUUACCGAAACGGUAAGCACAUCGAACAAGGGCACUACAUCGAGCAUGGACGACAAAGGAGGUAUGAGAUUUUCGACAAGUGGUGGAGAGAGAGAAGCGAUAUAGAGGAAGAAAACAAGAGGAGCAAAUUAGCGAGCUUGACACAAGAUUCAUGCUUUUGGGCUAAGGUCGAAAAAGCCAGGGAGUGGCUAGACAAUGUGAGAAGUGAGAGGGAUGUAAUGAAGCGGCACCAGUUGUGGCAGAAGAUGGACAUGUUUGAAGCGUAUGCAAGGAAUUUGAUAGAGAAUAAGGAGGUGUCGAAGGAUGUAUUGGCGAAAAAUUCGAGCUUUAGUCGAUGGAUGGAAGAAUGGAAAGAAAUGAAAUCACAGGGGCUGCAAAUCCCUCAACUGUUCCCAGAUUUUGUGGAUGGGGAGGUAGUUCCUUAGGUCUACUUUCUUAUUUUCUUAGAACAAGAAGGAUUAAUUUGUAAAAUAUAUGCAUGUAGAAUGUGUUUGAUGUUGUAGCUUUGGUUCUGGUUCAUGAUUUUAGUUGCGUGAACCUGCAAGAAAUGAUUUCAGUAUAAUUCAAUCUGAGAUGUUGAAUUAUCAAUUCAAACCCAA